GCCCACCUUGAUGUGACUGGACCACCGAAUGUGUACCAUGCACCAGCAUUCAUUUCAAGUAUUUCAAAGUACUUUCUACCACAUGCUACCUUGUGGUCAGGAAUGCUGCUUGGAGACCUUGGACGGCAUGGGAAAGGCUCAGCGUAUGGCUUUCUCAGUAAACGGUACAAUCAUGUGUCGCAGUUGAAGAAGCAGAACUACACUGAAGACAAUCGAACGCAAGGGAUCAUGGAAAAAAGUCACUGGGACCUGAAAAGGAUUCGCUUUGAACGAAGGCGUCUCGCUAGCCUAGAUGACUUUGUGCAGAUAUAUCAGAGGAAACAUGAUGCUCUUCUCCGAGAAUAUGGCCAUGUAGGCAAAAAAAGGACGAAGUCUUACCGAGUGGAGACUGAGAAGUGGAAGAAAAAAAGUAGAAAACGAAAAGGCUUCUAUGUAACUGCUCUGAUGGGAAAACGAGUCAAACAGGAUCAUCAAGAAGAACCACCACACUCAGAUGUGCCCACAGAGCCGACUGAAGCUGUCACUAAACAGGAUGAAAAAGAACAAGCAGCAAAACAAAAAAGGAUCAUGUCAGCACAUCUCACGCAAGAUGUAGACACAUCAGUGUGGAUUGCUGAUCUCUGCAAGCUUCAAGUGGACGCUGUUGUCAGUGCAGCAAAUACCAUGUUACAACAUUGUGGUGGCCAAAAAUACAGAAAGAGAGCAAUAAUUACAUAGCAGAAAACGGACCUCUGCAGACUGGAGAAGCUGUUGUAACAAGUGCUGGGAACCUGUGUUGCCAAAAAAUGAUUCACGUAGUGGGACCAUGUCUGCAAAGCAAACCAUCAGCCAAAGAUGUCACACAGGCAAAACCUAUGUUAGGCCAUAAUCAGUGUUUUGCAAAAGGCAGAGGAGCACAAACUGUGUUCUAUUGCAAUUCCAGCAGUAAGUUCAGGAAUAUACAACUUUCCUGCCAGGGCAUGUGCUGAUGUGAUUGUUCCAACAAUCUAUGACCAUGUAAAAAAUAAGACUACAAAAUCAGCACCAUUUACAAUAAAUCUUGUGGACUAGGAGGAAAAAAAUGCAAAGAACUGUUGAGGGACCCAUUUCCAAACAGUGAAGGACGAGGAAAUCAGAAUGAGGAUCCAACUCCAACUUCCAUAAGUCAGAGCACAGAAGAUAUAGAAGGAUGCGAUGUGCGAAACACCUCCAGAAAAGUCCAGGAGGAGGAAAAGGGCAACACGUUGGAUAAAUUACAGUGGGAGAAACGUUUCGUCAUCAUCCA